CCAGCUCGCUCUCGCCCCCAACCCUCCCCCACCCCACGCCUCCCUCCUCCCUCCGUUCCAUCCUCGCCCGAGCUCUCCCCCUUCCCCGCAUCGGCUCGCAAUCCCCGCGCGCGCAAUCGAGCUCCUUCUCCCCCGACCGACCGAUCGAUCCCCGCCGCCCUAGCACCUCCUCGCCGUGGUAUUCCGAUCGAUGCAUUGAGCUCCCGCCCAGGUAACAGGUUUCUACCACUCUACAAAAUAGAGCAAUUCGCUGAAAUGGGGGGUGUGAUUGGAAAGGGAGACACCCCAAGGUACAGUUCAGCAGCUACAAAGUUAGAGCAGAAGAUGGUUGAUGCCAUGCAGCAGAGGGCACAACAAGGGACUUCUCUGAGGUCAUUCAACAGUGUCAUCAUGAAGUUCCCUAAAAUCGACGAGAGUUUGAGAAACUGCAGGAUUAUCUUUCAGCAAUUUGAUGAAGAUUCAAAUGGUGAAAUAGAUCAAUUAGAACUGAAGCAUUGUUUCCAAAAGCUGGAUAUCUCAUUCACAGAUGAGGAGAUUAAAGAUCUAUUUGAAGCGUGUGACAUAUAUGAGCACAUGGGUAUGAAGUUCAAUGAGUUCAUUGUCUUCCUGUGCCUUGUUUAUCUUCUCAAUGAUCCAGCUGUGUCAGAAGCAAGAAAAAGAAUGGGAUUAGGUAACCUUGAGCCAACUUUUGAGACGUUGGUUGAUGCAUUUGUGUUCUUGGAUAAGAACAAAGAUGGAUAUGUCAGUAAGAAUGAGGUGAUAGAAGCGAUAAAUGAGACCAGUGCAGGAGAACGCUCUUCUGGACGCAUAGGCGUGAAAAGAUUUGAGGAAAUGGAUUGGGACAAGAAUGGAACGGUGACCUUCAAGGAGUUUCUUUUUGCCUUUACUCGCUGGGUGGGGAUCGACGAUAAUGAAGAUGACGACGAUGAUGAAUGAGCGCAGCUGAAGAUUAGCCAUUCUGAAUAGGCCAAGUCAGCCUUCGGUAGCCUCCAGCAGCUUUCCUACUUAUGAUAAUGAAAGAGUAGUUUAAAAUGUUCAUUGGUGCCUUGCCAAUUAUGUCUGUUUAUGUUUCUGUUAAUAGAAAUGAACCGAAGUUGUUGAGAGGAUUUGGUGAUAAAACUUUGUGCUUUGGUGUUGUCUGAUCAUAGAUAACCAUGCCAUUGAAAACUUUGUGCGCUCGGGUAUUGGAAGCAAAAUUGUAAGUUUGGAAGAGAGGUGGUCUUCUUUCCAUCGAAAUUAAACAAUUUUUUAGGGUGAAA